AUGGCCGACAAGAAGGAGCCCCCGAAGUUCUCCUUUGGGAACACAGGUGGUGGAGGAUCAUUGUUUGGCGGGACAGGCACUACAGGAGGAGGAUCUCUGUUUGGCGGAGCUCAGACCAACACAACACCAUCCACCGCAGCUCCAGGACUGUCUUUCGGCGGAGCGAACACACCCACAAACACCGCACCUUCACUAUUCGGCAGUAAUGCGAACGCUGGAUCGAGCACGCCUCAAGGCAACAAACCUGGUGGUCUUUUUGGUGGAGCAACGGGAGGAAGCUUUGGCGCAUCUACAACACCAGCUGGAGAGCCUAAACAAACAGGCAACAUCUUCGGCUCGGGCGGUCCGCCUGGUGCCAAUGGUGGAUUGUUCGCAAACAAGCCAGAUCCAACUACUGCGGCUAAGCCUCUAUUUGGCGGCGCAUCCACAGGCGGCGGAGGACUUUUCGGAGCGAAGCAGGACGGAACUGCUGCACAACAGCCGAGUCCAAUCGGCACCUCACAACCUGCUUCGAGCGGCGGUGGUGGUCUUUUCGGCAGUAACCCGACUGCCACUUCUGGAGCGAGCGCAGGUCCAAGCCUGUUCGGCGCAUCUGCUGCGCCAGCUGCAACACCUGCAACGCCUGCAACGACACAAGGCGGGCUAUUCGGCGGGCAGACGAACACACCCCAACCAAGCCUGUUUGGAGCAAAGACUGGCACGACACCAGCACCUGCUGCGUCUGGCGGGGAGAACAAGAACCCGACGAAUUCGUUUGGAGCUCAGACCACGGCAACACCGACCAACGGCCUGAAUCUUGGCGGUCUUGGUGGUGCGAAGACGACUGGCGGCCUCUUUGGAUCAGCAUCUGCUCAGCCUGCUGGACAGCAAACUGGCUCCUCCCAGCAACAACCUGCCAGUGCCCCCAGCCUCUUCGCCAACCUUGGGAACAACAACACAGCCAGCAGUUCAGGAGCACCAGCCGCUACUACCGCCACCUCAGGCCUCUUUGGCAACGCCUCCAGUACUGCGGCCAGUAGCUCGGCAGCGCCAGCUGCGACCACAUCCACUUCAAGCAUGUUCGCCAAUCUGGGAAAGAAGCCCGAAACACCACAAGCACCGUCGGAGCAGCCAAAGACCAGCAAUUUAUUUGGUGCCGCACUUGGUGGCCAACCGCCAGCCACUGGAUCAAGCACCACAGAAAACCCACCCAAGCCGUCACUGUUCUCUAGUACCAGCCUGGGCGGCGGCGCCGCAGGAAGCACAGGGCAGACGUCGCAGGCACCUACCGCUUCCACCAGUGCUGCACCCACGACUGGAUUAUUCGGCACCCCAACGAGCAAGCCACCGACUGCGACAACUACAGCCCCCGGCACGACUAAUCUGUUUGGUGGUGCCCUUGGAGGAACUUCAGCCUCUGGGGCCACCUCUGGUGAAGCCAACAAGGGCACACAAGCCAGCUCCGGACUCGGUGGAGGUGGGACUGGCGUGGCAGCCACCGCGGGCGCAGCACCGUCGGGUGGCUCACGUCUCGCACACAAGUCACUGGACGAAAUCUUGACAAUGUGGUCUUCCUCACUCACAGCACACCAGAAGACAUUUCAGAACUUGGCUAAACGCGUCGGCGCCUGGGAUCGCCAGCUUGUGGAGAACAGCAGCAAGAUCAGUACUCUGUAUGGACGUUGCUUCCAGGCGGAACGAGACUGCAGUGAAGUCGAGCGCCAGCUUACCAAUGUCGAGCACAAUCAGUCGGACAUUGAGCAUCUGCUCGACAAGUACGAAGCGGAUGUCGACCAGAUGAUGAGCCAGACUGGCGUCAGCGAAGAUGGCAUCAGUGGGGUGGAUGCUGAGCGCGAGAGGACAUACAAGACCGCCGAGAACUGCUCAUUGCGACUCACGGAGCUCAAUCAUUCUCUUUCAGACAUGGUCGAGGAGAUCAACGUCACCAGCAACAAGCUGUCCUCCAACAAGAAGACCAGCGACGAAGGUGGUAACGACGAUCCGCUCAGGCAGAUUGUGAGCAUUCUCAAUCGCCAUCUUGCGCAACUACAGACGAUUGGAACCGGCGCACAAGCACUACAGGAGAAGGUGUCUUUGGCGCAGAGAGAUGCACGGAACUUGAAUGUCAAUGGACUCAAUGGGUCCAACUGGGUCAACGACUUUGGACGAUCGUAUCUUGGGCGUCAGUAG